CUUCAUUUCGGUACCUGUACCAGUACGCCGCACCUCACCAGCCCAGCCUUCCCCAAUUCCGGUCACACCCGCGACGCCUCCGCAUCCGCCUCCCCGCUUCGCUUCCCGUGAAAGCUUCUCCGCCGCCAUCUCCCUCCUAUCCUCGCGCCCCGCCCGCGCCGCGAUUUCUCCAAACCCCCUUCCUCGCCUGCGCUGCCUCUUCCACCCGACCCCCUAUCCGCCAAUCUGUCCCCUCCCCCCUCUCCCAUUCCGUGCGGGUUCCAUUGCCGGCCGUGCGAUUGGGGGGAGGGGAGGGGGUGAUCCGAUCGGUGUCGCCAGAUGGGUCGCGACGCCGAGGAGGCCUCGCCGCCGGUGUCUUUAUCGGAAUUGGAACAGGAGGAAGACGACAACGACUGCUACCUGAGCGAUCAGGAGGAUGAUGCCCUAGAGGAGUCCGUCCUCCAGGUCCUCGAGGACGAGCACCUCGAGGACUGCCAUUGGUCCGCCACCUCCGUGAUCACCAAGGAAUCCCUCUUAGCGGCUCAGAGGGAGGAUCUUAAGAAGGUGAUGGAACUUCUAGGAUUGAAGGAGCACCACGCCCGGACGCUUCUCAUCCACUACCGUUGGGACGUCGAGAGGAUUUUCGAGCUUCUCGAUCAGAAGGGCAGGGACAGGCUCUUCUCAGAGGCUGGUAUUCCUCUUCAUUACACGAAUAAUGCCGCUGGCCCACCCUCCUCAACGGAGGUGACCUGCCUCGUUUGCUACGAUGAUGUGCCCCACUCGGCCGCCUCCAAGAUGGAUUGCGGCCACAACUACUGCAACGAUUGUUGGACUGAAUAUUUCAUUGUGAAAAUAAAUGAGGGCCAGAGCCGGCGUGUCAGAUGCAUGGCUCCAAAGUGUAAUGCUAUUUGUGAUGAGGUAAUAAUCCAGAAACUAGUCACUGCAAGGCGUCCAGAUAUCGCAGGACGCUUUGAAAGAUUUUUACUGGAAUCAUAUAUUGAGGAUAAUGAUACGGUCAAGUGGUGCCCAAGCACACCACAUUGUGGAAAUGCUAUUCGUGUCAAAGGUGAUAUUUAUUGUGAGGUGGAAUGCACUUGUGGAUGCCAGUUUUGUUUUAACUGUUCCUUAAAAGCACACUCACCAUGUUCCUGCAUGAUGUGGGAGCUCUGGAUCAAGAAAUGCCGUGAUGAAUCAGAAACAGUUAAUUGGAUAACAGUGAAUACUAAGCCCUGUCCCAAGUGUCACAAACCUGUGGAGAAGAAUGGUGGCUGCAACCUGGUUGCAUGUAUAUGUGGACAAUCAUUCUGUUGGUUAUGUGGUGGUGCUACUGGUAGAAACCAUACAUGGUCAAGUAUUAGUGGCCACAGUUGUGGCCGGUUCACUGAAGAUCAGACUAAGAAGACAGAGCAAGCAAGGCGAGACCUUUAUAGAUAUAUGCACUACCACAACAGAUACAAGGCUCACACCGAUUCUCUUAAGCAGGAAGCAAAGCUAAAGGGUGACAUCCAGGGAAAGGUUUCCAUUUCUGAAAAUAAGGAGUCCAAAAUAAAAGAUUACUCUUGGGUGAUAAAUGGAUUAAACAGGCUAUUCAGAUCAAGGCGUGUGCUUUCAUAUUCUUAUCCUUUUGCAUUCUACAUGUUUGGUGAUGAGAUUUUCAAGGACGAGAUGACUCCCAAGGACAGAGAACUGAAGCAAAACUUAUUUGAGGAUCUGCAGCAACAAUUAGAAUUUAAUGUUGAAAGACUAUCUGGUUUCCUUGAGAAGGAUUUUCAAAAUUUUACCGAUGAUGAGGUUAUGGAUACAAUGAAGCAUGUCAUCAAUCUUUCCAAUGUGGUAGAUAGGCUCUGCAAGCAAAUGUAUCAGUGCAUUGAGAAUGAUUUGUUAUAUCCUCUGCGCACGCCUCACAACAUUGCUCCAUACAAAUCCAAGGGCCUCGAUAGGGCCUCAGAGCUCCAUAUUUGUUGGGAUUCUGCUGAACAAAGUUCGCAGCCAAUAAAAUGUAGUCAGGAUGUACACAGGAGCCAACCCGGAUCGACUAUUCUGGGAAAGCGGCCUAUUCUUCAGUUGCAUGGAUCGAGUUCUGAUAAUAGGGCGCACCCAUCUCACAAGCGAGAGAGGGGAGAUGCUAAUGGUGGAGGUGGUGCGCUUUUUGAUCUCAAUGUGCCAGCUGAAGUGGCAGACAAGAUCUGAAACUUCAAUAUUCGAUUGCACAUUCCUUGCAUUGCAACUGUACAGCUGACCUGAGCUUCUUCAGCUACAUAAAGGAAAAAUACUGUUCUUUUUUGGUGCCUUACCACCAUAGGUGUGCCUUCAUUGCAAAUUUUUUACCCUGGUGCUAGGAUCCCAAGAAAUAGAGUAGAAGUAUUUCGACCCAAUGUUCAUAGUUCUGAUAAAGCUAAUUCUACCCCUCAAGCAAAACGAUGACAUUUUGGAAGAGAGCUUUACCAUCCUUGUGCUGCCAAUUUCAAAUAUAAUCUAAUGUAUGCAGCAUGAUGAAGGAACUGGUUUUUAACUCUCAUGUGGUGUUUAUUUCCUGGAAAUGGGUGAUUAUAGUGACAGUGUACAAUGUUCUACAACUGCUACAGAUUCCUCAUGCUAAAUGUUACCUGCGUGUGUCAAACUGGUUAGUGGCUACUGUCUUGUUCCAAGACCGGCUGAUUUCUAGGUCAGUUUUCAAUUCCAACUCGGAUAACUCAGUUUUCUGGGCAUGCAUGCCUGGUUCUAUGGUGAACCGUGAGAUGCGUUUGUGGAAACGGGAGGCGCUGCGAGAUGUCAAUCUGGUGUUCAGGGCACUUCAGGUAAAAUCUUAAUCUCUCUUGUUCAGGAUAGGUUUCGUCGCUUGCACUAGCUAGGUAGCAUCUUGCCGUGCUAGCUUUCUAGAAACCGUGCAAGAAGACACGCAUAUGGUGACCCAUUGGAAUCGGGGGAGCAUUUGUACGAUUCAUACACUUGGGAAUCUAGUGCAUGAAAGAACACUUUAUAUCCUCUUCGAUAGGAGAUGUCUGUCCUUCAGUUUGUAAACUCUCUAGCUUCUAGCUUGCUAUGUAGCCGAGGAAAAUUUUGCUCCA